GUUCAUAUCGCGUUCUCCCGAAACUGUUCCGCACCAAAUUCACCAUGGCCCACCAACGACUUAUCGACAUCAACGAGCGCGAGCGUAAACUCCCCAUGCGCAUCCUCGUUCUGGGCAUGUGCCGCACGGGAACAACAUCGAUCUCCACCGCACUCCGAAAGCUAGGCUACACACCACACCAGAUGCGCUCAGUCCUUACCAACCCUGAAGAACUCGCACUUUGGCAGGAAGCCAUCAAUACGACUCUCCUCCCACCUGCUGACCGUCCUCGUAACCUAGCACCAUAUGGUCGCUCCGAAUUCGACAAACUCCUUGCUAACUACGAUGUUGUGACCGACAUCCCCGGCGCCAUGUUUGCAAAAGAGCUUAUUGAAGCGUAUCCCGAGGCCAAAGUCAUACUUACGAACAGAAAGUACAAAGACUGGGAACAUAGCAUGCGGGAGAGUAUCUGGUGUCUUGAUGAAUGGCACUUGUUCAUCCUCUGUCGCAUUCUGAAUAUCACACAAAUGGCACCGUUGAUACGCCUUGUGCAUUCGCUCUUCGAAGUGCAUAAUGGGAAUAACUACGGGGACCCUGUAGCACGAGCUGCGUACGAGAAACACUACAAUACUGUGCGCAGCCUUGUUGCGUCGUCUCAGCUCUUGGAAAUCGACAGCGACGAUUCGGAGUCGGGAUGGGAGUCGGGAUGGGAGCCCUUAUGCGAGUUUUUAGGGAAAGAAGUACCAGACGAAGAGUUUCCGAGGUUCAAUGAGGACGGAGCAAUGCGAGGGAGCUUAGACAAGGCGUGGUGGAGAAUGGUGCAGUAUGUCGUGCUGAUGGUAUUACUGCCAGGAUUGGUGACUUUGGCAGGGGCAUUAUUGUAUUUCUUUGCAGACGAGGUCAGGGAGGUGAGAGACCGUUGGGUUUUGGGGCCUUUGAAAGAGUUUUCAGAGUUGUGAGGGUCUGUGACACUGUCAAAAAGAAGAAUAUUUGUAGCAUAUCUAGGGGUGUGAGCUGACGGAGAUGGGUG